UAUCUUGGGCCUGACGGUAAGGCACGCUUGUUCCGCCCAGAUAUGAACAUGCGUCGAAUGGAGAGGUCUUGUGCACGUCUCGCUCUUCCCGUGAGUACGAUUGGCAUGCAGCCUAUCGACGGAGAUGUCGUUUUAGAACUGAUAAAGUGUCUGGUGAAUCUUGAAAAGCGCUGGAUACCCAAAGAAUCUGGAUAUAGUUUGUAUCUGCGUCCUACCGUCAUCGCAACCCGCCUAGGUUCGUGGAAUGAGUCAAUGAUAUACGAAGCAUCCGACUAUGCCAUGCUUUACGUUCUUGCAUCGCCAACUGGGCCAUACUUUGAAGUGUUGAAGCCUGUUUCUCUCCUUGCGGUCAGUGAAAAUGUGCGCGCGUGGCCGGGUGGAACUGGAGGGCACAAAGUCGCUGGCAACUACUCACCCGGCUCCUACCCCAGCGCACUGCUGCAGAGAAGGCUACGAACAAAUCCUUUGGCUGCUGGAGCGAUGAACUUCUUUGUUGUAGUCAAGAGGGAUGAUGGGGGGACUGGUGAGUUUCAAUUGAAUAAAU